GGCUCUUAGAGAGACUCUUAGAGAGACUCGGUGGUUGCUAGGAAGGGAGGUCACAGAACGCGGCUCACGGAUUGGGUAAUGCCGGAGGAGGUGGGCAGCGAUUGGGAGGAGCCCGGUGGCGCUCGGGUGAGGCGCGCUCGCGCGAGCCGGAGUUCCGGCAGGAGGCCCGAGCUGAGGGCCGGCGCGUUCACCAUGGCCUCGGCUGAGCUGGACUACACCAUCGAGAUCCCGGAUCAGCCCUGCCGGAGCCAGGAGAGCAGCCCAGAGCAAGGGAGGAAGGAGGCAGGGACUCGACAGCCUGUGGUGAUUCUCUUGGGCUGGGGUGGCUGCACGGACAAGAAUCUUGCAAAGUACAGCGCCAUCUACCAUAAAAGGGGCUGCAUUGUCAUCCGAUACACAGCCCCAUGGCACAUGGUCUUCUUCUCCGAAUCCCUGGGCAUCCCUUCACUUCGUGUUUUGGCCCAGAAGCUGCUUGAGUUACUCUUUGAUUAUGAGAUUGAGAAGGAGCCCCUGCUCUUCCAUGUCUUCAGCAACGCUGGUGUCAUGCUGUACCGCUACAUGCUGGAGCUCCUACUCACCCAUCAGCGCUUCUGCCACCUGCAUGUCGUGGGCACCAUCUUUGACAGCGGUCCCGGUGAUAGCAACUUGGUGGGGGCUCUGCGGGCCCUGUCAGCCAUUCUGGCACACAGGCCUGUCGUGCUGCGCCUGCUGCUCCUGGUGGCCUUUGCCCUGGUGGCAGUCCUGUUCCACAUCCUGCUUGCUCCACUCACCGCCCUCUUCCACACCCACUUCUAUGACAGGCUACAGGACUCAGCCUCUCGCUGGCCCGAGCUCUACCUCUACUCACGGGCCGACGAGGUGGUCCUGGCCAGGGAUGUGGAACGCAUGGUGGAGGCACGCCAGGCACACCAGGUCCUGGUGCGCUCUGUGGACUUUGUGUCAUCCGCACAUGUCAGCCACCUCCGCGACUACCCUACUUACUACACGAGUCUCUGUGUCAACUUCAUGCGCAGCUGCGUCCACUGCUGAGGCCUGCGCCUCCCCUUACCUCUGUUCCAGAAAUAAAUGCCUAACACCUCUGCACAACCUACACCUUGGGGCCCUCUUCUAGUCCAACUCUCUGUGGUCAUUUGGGACUUUGUAGUCCCCCAAGUAGGAAAUUCCCAUGAGCCUCUGUCCUGGGGACUACUCAUAGUUUGCCUACCCCAGCAUCUUAGGGGGUGGGAAUACCUGGGCAUGUCUCUGUCGGAGCCUUGUAAUUGGUUGUUUCGACAAGUACAAGUCAGGUCAGGCCGCUGAUCCCUGUGGCAUUUAGACUAUAAAGGGCUAUCAAAGGGGAGAGGGUUGAGGAUGAGCCUGAGUUGAUUUUUGAUUCCUUGAGUGGAAGGUGAGCUUUGUGGGAGGUGCCAGAGGGUAGUCAGUUUGGAAGCAGGGGCUGUGAUCUGUGCUCCAAGGGCCCAGAAAGGCAAAGCUGUAUAGUUUAAAGCCCCAUCCUCACGGGUCCUACUUGGCAUUUCACUGAGGCUUCUUUGACCUCAUUGCCAGGGAGUCUGAGGUAGAAAAGCCUGGUGACAAGCUGAGGAUACACCAUGAGGGGCCUGACCUGGUCCAUCAACCUUUGCUAGGAAGUCACUGGAUCCAGAAAGUUGCAAGCUGUGUGUAUACUGGGCAGAUGGAGUGGGGAGCAGGAAGGCAGCGUGCUGUAAAGGGAGCUGGGGCAAGCUAGCUCGAGACUUGGAGACCAGCACAGGGUAAGCGGCCACUGGGCUGAAACAACAAACUCCUUCAUCUCCUUGAAGGAUACCUUCAAGGCAGGAGGGGUAGCAUCAGCCUUAGAUCUGUCAUCUGUCAUUCUACAAGUUACUGCUGGACACUGCUGGAACAUAGUAGGUACCCAAUAAAUAUUUGUUGAUUGAAUGAGCUUACUGUGGUGAUCCAGGGGCUUGGUGACAGGGCUGGGCUUUGAAAGUUUGGCAGGCAGUGAAGGACAUGGCUGGACAAGUUCUGGGUUAGGGGUGGGAGCUGACCCCUGAUAUGCUCAUGGAUGAUGGACUGUCAGUCCCCAGAGCCAAGCUCUAUCUGCAUCGGCUGUCUGGAGUCUCCACUACUGCUACAGCAAUUCCUAUGCUGGGCAGCUGCAUUCCUAGCCACGGCCAACAGGUGGCAGUGCUGCCUGUGCCGCAAGUGCUCAAGGAUCCCACAGCAGGGUGGGCCUCAGUGGAAUGCCCUCACUUUGGGUUAACGUCCCCUAUUAGAAAGCAUAUGGCCCGCAGGGUGAAGGUAGCAGCCAUCAAGGGCCUACUGAACCCAUGGUAGGGAAGGGGAGAGUAGAGACAUAAAAGGAGCCAGCCUCAUGGGAAGCAUGCAUUCAAGAUCCUCCUCUUCAUCUCUCUACUGCCCUCAUCUACGCACUUUUCUAAGCCUGCAUCUUCCCCAAGCCCUCAGCCAUCCUGCACACCUCCACAGAGGCCACACGCAUUCCCUAGCAUCUCAGGCCCUAGGAUCCUUGUGUUCAGGAUCCUUGAUGCCAUCAAGCUGGGCAUGGGACCGAAGGGCCUUCUGUGGGCUCCAAAUAGGGUGAUUGUUUCCUGUACAUCUGGGUACAACGGGAGGCAGGAGCUGCCAACUACACCCAAUUCUGUAGUCCUUACUGGUGGGCAUCCCAGAAGAGAUGAAUCUACCGCUGGGGAUUUGGGAUGACGGAGGUUGGGCCUAUAAGAAUGUGCACAGGAGUCUGUAGUCA